UCGUACGCUAACUGUGCUAUUAAAUUUACAGUUUUCUCCUUCGUUUCAAACUUCGUCACGAUCUUUUUGAUUUUAUUCAGUAUUGUUGACUUACUCUUCACUCGAAAUAAUUUUCUCGAUAGACCCACAACACGAUGGAAUACGCGGCAAAUCUAUUAAUCUUGUUUGCCAUCAUUUCCUCUGUUGAGGUAGUCCCGUAUGAUAGAUUUAUCCAACAUAAUAAGUCAGAAGAUUACAACAUCCGAAACAAUGUGCGGGAUAGUGUCAGUGGCAGUAUAUGUCCUCCAUUUGGAAAAAACGCAAAAUUCGAGGUAGAGACUAUACAAACUAAGUCACCGAUGUACGGAUGUGCCUAUAUGGGAAAUACAACUCAAAUGACCACUGCUGAAUCGUUCCAUUUGUGGUUGGAGCGUCCUGUGGAAACAAUGGCACAUGGACAUUGCAACAACAUGCAGAAUAUGGACCAUUUCAUAUUUGAGUGUGUGUCAAAAAAUAUCCCGAUCAAUAAAUACGAAGUUGAAUUGGGCUGGCAGUACAUAUCACUACUAGAACAUACCGCUGACGAAAACAUGCAAAACAAAACAAAGAAACGAUUCCACAGAUGUGCAUUGUACGAUAUGAGAGACCAAGACGAUAGGAUGGUUAGAAUAAUCCGGAUGGUGAUUAGCAAGCCGAUAGCAGGAGACUAUUUUAAUGUACGCCAAUGCAAAGGGUUGUCGGAACUUUUGGAUCGGGAUGAGCUGCCAAUCAUCCCCGAGGGAUCACGAUAUUGGCCCGAUGGUUCCAUGUAUUUAUAUUUAUUAGGAAGAAAGGCAAACAGCUUUAUGACUACCAAUAAAAAUUCAGUAACUAGUCUUACAACUACCACCAUCAGUAGUCCAUCGACAACCACUAUUACCAGUCGUCCAUCGACAACCACUACCACCAGCCGUCCAUCAACCACUACUAUGACUACACUUCCCACAACAACUUCAACUACCACCGCUCAUUAUAGUAUAGACGAUUUCUUUCGUGAUUUUAUAAUUGAUAAUAAUAGUUAAAUUUCA